CUUCCACAGUGAGGUGGUAAACAUGUGGCAUUGUGUAAACAUGUGGUAUUUAAGCAUGUGGCUGCUGGGCUGCUUUGAACGAGGAGUUUUGCAACGGUUUGCAUGUACGGGACACAAAGAGCUGUGCUGCAUGUGCUCACAUGUACCCAAUGCUAGCAUGUUGACGGCUUGCUUUGCUUGCUGACUUUUUCUUUUGUUUAGCUCUGAAUGUAGGGCAUACAGGGUCAGGCUGCUGUAGCUAGUGCAUGUUUUCGUGGCACAGCUUUGCAUAAUUCUUCAACAUAAAACUGCUUCGCAGGUACAAGGCGUGGCUGGAGUUUUGCAACCUGGAGGCGGAUACGAGUCUCCAUUCGCUGUAAGGUCCUGUGCUCCCAGCACUUCGCACCAGUUGCUUUUUGCGCACAGGAAGGCUUCGGUGGGAUGCAGUUCCUACAUUGAAGAGCACACUGCAUGGCGUUGGAGGAAGUAGUGCCUACGCCAAUCAGAGCAGACUUGAAAGCAGUGGGCCUUCGACGGAGGAACGUGUGCAAGCUGUGGUAGCCAGCGAUGACGACAGCACAGGAGCAAUACACCUUCACCAGAUGAGUCAUCCUUGCCAUGCUGAAGAGUGUGGUACAGAAGCAAGUCAGCAACAGCGUGAUCUGUCUCAUCAGGACCAUAGCUACGCACGACACACACCAGCCUUGUCAAAACAGAGCACUGUUGUCUCCCCACUAGCUGCAGUUGUCACUUCUCUGCCAAGAACGUCGUCUGGUGUACUACGUGCAGUCUCGUCACCUCAGCACUUAGAAGGUGGAAGCGGCUGGCAUCCCCCCAAAGCUUGCCCAUCGUCCAGUAGUCUGGCACCUCCAGCACAGCCAACAAAAGGCAAGCUGGAUAACCUCCGGAAGAAAGUGCACCAGCUGCAAGCCCGCAACAAGAAGCUUCAGAGAGACCUUGAAAGGCGUAGGUGAACGAGGACCAUCCGUGACCUGAUGGGGCAUGUGAGGUGUCACGUCUCUGAAACUGUCGCAGACUUCAUUGAGGCACAGAUAAAGAUGGGAGCUGUGUGCAAAUUUGGGCGCCGUUGGUCACCACCAAACAAGACAUUCGCGCUGAACUUGUACUUUCCCAGCCACCGUGGCUACAGGUACUGCCGAAAGCUGUUCCACUUGCCGUCAGUGAGGUCACUACAGCUGUGGAUGAAACGUAUCCCACUACGACCUGGAUUUUCAGAUGAAGUCUUUGAUGUUGUGAAGCGAAAGGUGAGGAACUUCUCUGAAAUGGACAAGCUCUGUGUGAUCUUCGACGAGAUGCACAUCAAGAGGGAACUGCACUACAAUGCAACAAAAGACUGUUUUGAAGGAUUUCCGAGCUGUGACAACUAUGCUCACUCCUAGUUGGCAAACAAAGCACUUCUCUUCAUGGCUAGAGGCAUUUGUUCCCCAUUGAAGCAGGUCUUAGGCUACUUCUUCACUCACAGAGCAGCGUCUGCUUCAGACUUGGAAGAGAAACUGCUUGAAUGCUACCACUGCCUCCUGAGUGCAGGAUUGAGGCCAAAAGUUGUGACAUGUGACCAAGGAAUCCAGAAUAUCUCUCUACUGGGGAAGCUGGUUACAACUGUGAAGCCGUAUCUCACUAUUGGUGAUGAGAAGCUGUUCUUCAUAUUUGAUCCAUCCCACCUGCUGAAAUGCCUUUGCAACAUUCUGUUAAAGUAUGACUUCCAGGUUUGCAACCACAUCAUAAGGGCGCAGCAUAUCCGGGAUGCUUUUGCCAUUGACAAACAGUUUGAAAUACGGUCCAUGCCACGGCUAACUGAUGGGCACUUCAAUUUAACGUCCAGCUCAAAAAUGAAAGUCAAACUGGCUGCACAUAUCUUCAGCAACCAUGUUGCAGCCUCAAUGUUCACCCUAUCGACUUUCCACCAGCUAUCACCUGAUGCCAUCCACACAGCCAGAUUUGUUGAGCGCGUCAACCGUCUCUUCGACACUCUUAACAGUAGCCACCUGCAUGGCAAUACGAAAUAUUCUUCGGCAAUACAACAGGGGUCUGCUCACAAGGACUUCUUGCUGGAGUGCCUGUCCGAGUUUGAGAAGAUUACAGUUCUUCGAUGCAAGAGACCGCCCCCGUGUAUCCGUGGCUUCUGCUUGACCAUGACUUCCGUGCUUCAGCUCAGCGAAGACCUGCGAAACUCUGGCAUACAGUACCUCCUCACUCGAAGGCUGAACCAGGAUGCACUCGAAAACACCUUCUGCAUAAUUAGGACAAAGUGUGGAAGCAACCCUGACUCCAGCUGCAUUCAGUUCCAGGCAGCAGUACGGCAUCUGCUACUCAGACAACUUUUUAAGACUACGCAGGGCUCAAACUAUGCUGAAGACGUGGACUCCCUCCUGGCGGCAAUAUUUAUUGGUCCUAACUACAUGAGCAGACUUGGAUGUUCAGCUGCCACGCACAUCACUGACGAUGUCAUCGUGGCACCCAGUGAGUCGCCAUCACCGCUGGGGUCCAACAGCACAACAUUCUUCGCAGGGUGGCUUGGUGCAAAAUUUCACGGUGCUCACACUUGCCCCUCUGAGCAGAAAUGCAAACUGCUGGAAGACAAUGCCACAUUUCAGGACAGUAGCCAGCUAUUACUUUAUUUGAGUGUAAAGAAUGUGGACAGUACUGACUUUGGAAAGCUGUCAGUUCCUCUUCCUGCCUUUGCGACGUUUGUGGGUGCGUGCGAGGAGGCCUUCAAAGCAAACGUCAAGACAUUCUUCACCUCCCAAGGGGUCAGGUCCAAGCUGUGUGAAGUGUUGGACACACUUGUGCCAAAGACAUUGAGUUUAUGUUCUUCAUCAGUGUGUGAUGAUUUAUUUCACUUUUUUCUCAGGGUGCGAGUGUUCUGGUUUGCACAACAUAGGAAUGAGGAAGUAUACGAAAUAGUACGUUACGUCAAAAGGCACUGCAGCAGGCAGUGA